AUGACUACAUCCAAACCGUCCUCGGAAACCAACUCUUUAACGCAAACCAGACUAUGGUUUCUAUAUUGGAUCGGUGACUGGCUAAAAUAUCGCAUUCUGAUAGUGUACCGGAAACUCUUCUCUGUGAUCUGGUUUGCAAAUUUGGCCGUAUUGAUCGUCCUGCUAUCUAUUCCCUCGAUCAAUCGUGCCUGGCUCACGACCGUCGCCUUGGCCAAUUUGAUUAUUGCAAUUGUCAUCCGGCAGGACUUCAUCAUCAACCUUAUCUUUGCUUACUGCUGCUCUAUCCCCAAGUCCUGGCCCUUUGCUAUUCGUCGGCGGAUAGCCAAGGUGUAUUAUCUGGGAAGCAUUCAUUCGGGAUGCGCCAUAGCAGCUGUUUGCUGGUUUGUCGCCUCAUUUGCUUUGAGUCUCAGAGGAUUGAUCAAGCGGCAGUCGUCCUCCACGCUGCCAGUUCCAACUAUAGUUCUGUCCAGCAUUGCCCUGUUGCUGCUAGCAGGCAUGAUUGCGGCUUCGUACCCUGCACUUCGCAAACGAUACCACAACACAUUCGAGUGCGUGUAUCGCUUUUCGGGUUGA